CAUCUUAUAGUUAGCAACUGCGGAAACGGCGCGCAAGGACAACUUCAAGUUCUUCUUUCCAUCUCACAUUUAGCAUAAAGAUCCACAACACGAAGGAUAUCAAAUCAGCCAAAAUGCAGCCCGACUUCCUGGCGUUAAUCUUUCUGUGCGUACAUUGCGGAACAAGUGCACUGGCUGUCACCGUCACCGCUGCGCCCUCCUCCGCUCUGCUCGCGGCCAAUUUUAGCAGAAUGGACGCCGGGAUGGACGGCACCUCUUCUUCGAAAAGCAGGAGGAAGCGUUACAUUAGUCAGACCGACAUGGUGGCCAUUCUUGAUUACCACAACAAAGUGAGGGGCAAGGUGUUCCCCCCGGCGUCUAACAUGGAAUACAUGGUAUGGGAUGAUAGUCUGGCCAAGUCAGCUGAGAACUGGGCCCACGCCUGCAUGUGGGAACACGGUCCGUCUCACCUCCUCAGGUUUCUGGGUCAGAACCUCUCCGUCAGGACAGGACGUUAUCGUUCCAUUCUUCAGCUUGUGAAGCCGUGGUACGACGAGGUCAAAGAUUACUCCUUUCCGUACCCCCGCGACUGCAACCCUCGAUGCCCGCUCAGAUGCCACGGUCCCAUGUGCACCCAUUAUACACAGAUGGUGUGGGCGACCUCCAACAAAGUGGGCUGUGCCGUUCACACGUGCCACAAUAUGAACGUUUGGGGUUCCAUUUGGAAACGGGCGACGUAUUUAGUCUGCAACUACUCGCCAAAGGGUAACUGGAUUGGAGAGGCUCCCUACAAAGUGGGGGUCCCCUGCUCCGCCUGUCCUCCCAGUUACGGCGGCUCGUGCAGCAACAACAUGUGCUUCCCCGCUAUGAAGACAAACUACCUGCACUGGUUCAAAUAAACAGGGCUCUGUCCAGCCACUCGACAAUAGAGACACUAUUCAUAUCUAAAGGCGAUAGGAUUUGCACAACCAGCCUAUUUUUGUAUAUAUGGCUUAUUUAAAGACACAAGACAUUUUGAAGGCAGCAGACAAUUUUGACGAUGUGUACAUAAAUUGUAAAUUAAUGUCACUUUUUUGUGCUUGGUGUGCCUGUUUAAUUUGUCUAAUUUAUAUGUAGAAUGGGUCCUUAAAUACACAAACACGCACGCGGUGCUAUGUACAUUUUACCAUCAACAAUGUAGCAAUUAUGGCCAUAACAGACUGAUAGCUGCUCAUGCAUGUUCACUACGGUGCUAUAUGGACAUCACACCUCCAUGUUGUGUGCGCUGUCUCUUGUCGGAAUGUUGGAAUCCAACCUUCAAAUGGACGCCAAGAUAGCAGCCCCAGACACGCCAUCCUCAGGCGGCUAUUUUUGGCCUGUGAGGUUUUGGCAAAAGUGCACUUAUUUACAGAGUUCAAAUGUACGAUAUAUAUUUUCUCAUUGUUUUUUAAAAUGAAUAACACAAAAACCGUUAGAGGUAAGUUUUGACGAUACAGGCACUUCCUUGUUUUUCCCUGAAUAUAUUUCUUUCAUUUGCAGUUUAAAGCUGCUGUAAUUUAUCUUUCACCCUUUUGAAUUGAUGUUUCUAAAGCACAACAUAUCGGACUCGUUACCUGUCGGAUAAUCCUUCGUGUUACAUUUUACAUUGGUAUAUUUUUGGGUUUUGAUUCUUUCGAUAGAUCGACUUUGUAAUGCAGUUUUGGAGAAAGACACUCAAGUGCACCUUAAUUGUUUGUAAAUGUCCAAAAUACCAGGAAUAUUCCUUUUUUUUCUCUAUGUGUACAUUAUCAUUUUGCCUUGAAUAUCCAUUAAGUAUGAUUAAUGUAUAAGUUAUUCAUUUUUAUAUUGGGAAAUAUUUCAUUGGUAUACAUGUUUUAUAUUGUGUUAUGAAAGCAUUGUACAUAUAGCGAAACAAUUAACUGCAUGCAGUUCAUUGGCAAACAAGCACUAGUCCAGUAUUGACAAAGCCAUACUUUUUGCAGAACAACUCAAAAACCAAGCAUUGCUUCGAUGAAACAGGAAAUGUUUCGCACUGAUGACAAGUCAUUUUUGUUUUUUUAUUUUUCCAAUGAACUGCUUCUUUUGCUUUUGAGUUUGUCAAU